ACACACGCGUGCAUGAUCCGACCUCAACGAGACACCAUCGAUCGGCGAGGAUCAAGACGCAGAUGCCACCAUCGAUCCCUAUCGUCGUCUAGAGGCAAAGAAUCGCUGAAGCCACUCUCCCUGAGCGAUGAUCGGCUCGUCGUUGCCGGCGAUCGAUCGCGCGGAUCCUUACGAGGCCGUGGUCGACACCUGUUACGAGGACCUUCUGCUGUUCGCCAACGAAACUGGCGCGCUCUGCGAAGGUUCGCGUGGGUUCCCCGUGCCCGGUAUACUGAACGACACCGAUUUCGAGGCCGAGCCGGCGAACGGUACGAGCACCGACGUGGACGUCGACGGCCUUAACAACUGGUGGGCGAUGCUGGCAUUGGUCCUGGUUUUGGGCACCGCCGCCGGCAACAUACUCGUCUGCCUGGCUAUUGCCAGGGAGAGGAGGCUUCAGAACGUCACCAAUUACUUCCUGAUGAGCCUGGCGAUCACGGACCUGUUGGUCGCCGUGCUGGUGAUGCCCCUUGGGAUUCUCACGUUGGUCAGAGGAGAAUGAUCUGUUUUAUGAAAUAUCGAUCGGCGAACGUGUUG